GAGUCCGUUGGCAUACCGAUCGUUGCUAAUGGGGAUGUUACCACACUCGAUCAAGCCAUUGAAAUAGCGGAGAAGACUGGAGUAGACGGAGUUAUGGCUGCCAAUGGACUCCUCUACAACCCUGCCAUGUUUGCGGGCUAUGAAUACACUCCAGCAAGUUGUGUGCGCGAUUUUGUAAGUGCUUAUCUUCAUCAACAUUUGAUCUAUAUGCUUCGAGAGCUCCUCACUCCAGCUCAACGGCGUGUCUUUCAUGAGUUGUCAAGUCGACCAGCUAUUGAAGACUAUUUGGAUAAUGUUUUAAUGAUAAAUGAUAUUGAUUGA